UGUUGGCUUGGCCGAUCUUAACUCAACAUCCAAAAAAAAAAGAAAGAAAUUAUUUAUAAAAGGAGGAAAUAUUCUUCCAUUUGUCAUGUUUAUCAAAUUGUAAAAAAAAUAGUAGCGGAAAGAAUUUUUAAGUAAUUUCGCAAGUUUUUUGUGCAGAUGUUAAAUAAAUUCUAACUGAGAAACAGAAAAUAUUGAAAUUGGACAUAAAAAAAAGUUUGUGUAGUAAGUAUGUUAAACGGAACUUUGAUGGCUAUUGCCUCUUGCUCUCUCUUAUUGUCUCUUGAUAGUCAUAAUAAAUGUAUGAAUUAAUAAAAUUAGCAAACUCUUAUGAAGUUUUGAUAAAAACAGGUCACUUGAGACAAGUUCAUCGUCUAGCAAUAAGGAAUAGAAUAGGUACUAAAAGAAUAAAUUAUAAGAGUUUACUUAGCUCCCAGGAGUUGAAAGUUUGAUUAAAGUGAAUAUUUCAGAUUUCUCUUUCUCAAUUAGUAAAAACGAACAAAAACAAAUAAUCAGCCUUGAAGGUGAUCGCGCUUAAGUAGACGACGUCAGUCAGUCAAUGUUCGUAGCGAUAAGAGUCUUAUAUGCAAAGUGGGUCAGUCAACGCAGUAAGUGAGUAAGCAAUAAAAAUCAACAAACGAGGAGUUUCCUAACCUUGGCCAAGGCGUUUAUAUGAUAAUACUGUUUAAAAGAGGGUAAAAGCAUUUUGAAUAUGGCAGGCGGAGCUGCUUCCGUAUUACGCAGCAAUCCUGAACAACAUUCUAAUAAGUCUGCAGCUAUCUCUAAACUAUUAUCGUCAACGUAUUCACGUAAUGCUCCGAAUUUUGUCUUGGCCUCUCACUCAGAGGCUUUGUUACAUGGGCUUAAUGCCUUACGAUGCGCCGACAAGUUGUUUGACGUUACCCUUAUUGUCGAGGGUAAGACAUUUAAGGCUCAUCGUGUAGUAUUAGCAGCAUGCAGCGAUUAUUUUUGCGCCAUGUUCACUGAUGCCAUGCGUGAAGCUCGUCAAUCGGAAAUUAAAUUGAAUGGGGUUAAUGCUCGUGGCAUUGAAUUAUUAAUAGAAUACGCGUACACCUCAAAACUUGAACUUGAUCGCAACAAUGUUCAAGAUGUUCUUUCGGUUUCCACACACGUCCAAAUGAAGGCAGUAAUCGAAGCCUGCUCAAAUUAUUUAGAAUCCCAAAUCGAUUUAGAAAAUUGCGUAGCUAUAGCUGUUUUAGCCGAUUUAUAUGCCCUGGACACUCUAAAACGUAAAACUUAUCGUUUCAUUUGCUCACGUUUAGACGAAUUUUCACUAACCGCCGAUCUUCUCAACUUAACCUGGGAUCAAUUAGAAUACAUAUUGAGCUGUAAUUAUCCUGUCGACUGUUCCGAAAAGCGAGUCUUGCAAAUUGCAACACAAUAUUGUGUGGAAACUGGUCUCAAAGCAGAGCUGGCACAUUUACUGUUUUCUCAUGUGCGUUUUAAUCAAAUAGAAGCAAGUGCUUUAAAAACCUUGCUCAGUACAUUGGAGGACGAAGAUAAAGAGAAUAAAACUUAUGUAAAGUUGAUACGUGCAGAAAUUAAUAAACAUGAGCAAAAUCAAAUCAAAAUGCUUGGCAGCGAAAGUGAAAAUGAAGUUAUAUCCACCGAUAUCUUAACAAAUUCACGUGGCAUGGAAUUAGCUUUAGUCAAAAUAGGCGGUUUUGAAACUAGUGGCUUAACUAAUCAAAUAAGUUGCUAUUUACCGUCGGUCGGCAAGUGGGAAGGCUUAACUGCCAUACCUCAUAUAGAACAAUGCAAUUAUGGCACCGCCGUACUAGGUAAUGAUCUUUACAUAGUUGGUGGAUCCUACGAUGUUUGUCUUAAAGAGUACAUUCACCCCUUUGGUUUCCGUUAUUGUCCUACCAAAGAUAAAUGGAAAAAUAUUGCACCAAUACAAGCAGAUCGGUGCCGUUUUUCGUUGAACGCAAUGGGCAGUAAUUUUUUAUAUGCAGUCGGUGGUGUUUGCGAACUUAACGAUAAUGACGAUGGUGGUGAUGUUGAAAACUGGGGCAACGACAUGGCUAUUUCGAAUUGCGAACGUUAUAAUGCCACCACUGACCGCUGGGAGUAUUUACCGGCUUUAUCUGAGAAUCGCAGUCAGCAUGCUGGAGUAGUAUUAGCCAAUAGACUAUAUAUCUCAGGUGGCAUUGACCGCCAUAUAGUCUUGGUAUCUUUAUGGUGUUUCGAUACGCAUAUUGAAAAAUGGAUUAAACUUCGGUCUAUGCCGACACCUCGGGCUGAUCAUAUACUCAUAGCUUUAGAUCAGCACAUAUACGCAUGCGGAGGUUGGUACGAAGAUCCUUUAACCGAAACACGGAGCUUGGCACAAACAAUUGAUGUUUACGAUGUGAAUAAAGAUUGUUGGUCUACUGAAACGACCAAUCCAAUGCCAAAAUAUUAUACUGGAGUGGCCGCAGUUAAACGACGUAUUUAUUUUAUAGGCGGCCUAUUAUCAUCGGCUACCAUUAAUCGUGCUACCACCGCUGUGCAGUGUUAUGAUCUGGAUACUAAGCAAUGGUCAUUCAAUGUAGAAUGGGAAUAUCCAAGCGAAGUAUGGGAGUGCACUUUAGCAGCCUUCUACGUACCACGCGAGCGAGACGAUUUUAUAAACGUGGAAGUUCAGACGUAAACGUUAACGAUAAUCACAUUAUUAAUUAAUACUCUGACUACGUUUCUCUGAAGGUUUUCUAGUAUUUUUGUCUUUUAUGAAUUAAUAUUUAGAAUAGAUAUACAAUCAUAUAGAAUUUCAGAUAGUGCAACUUUUUGCACCUCUUUUCAUUUUUGAUUCAUUUCUUGUUACGUACGAAUACUAAAAAAUGAAAUAAAAUUAACUUCAUCUUGUGUUAGGGCCUGCAAUUCUCAUAUAUAUAUAUAUAUCUAUAAGUAUAAGUGAAUGUGUGUAUGUAUGUUUUUAUGUAUAUGUGUUGGUGUGUAUGUAUUUGUGUGUGUCUGUGGCCGUGGGUGUUAGUGUGAUAUGGGGCGCGUGCGUGCAUGCGGUUGUAAAUAUGUG